AUGAACACCUCCCAAAAUGCCUCGCCCUCGCUACACGACCCGGGCGAGAGCUUGGAUACCUCGACCCCGACGGCCCCGAACUCUGCUCCCGCCUCGACGACUCCCAGUUCCGCCUCACGCGCCCCGUCUUCGCGUGCCCACACGCCUGCUGCGCAAAGCGAAUCCGUCGAGCGCAAGUCGUCCGUGUCCUACGGCCACCACCGACAGACGUCCAUAGUCCAUGGCUAUCAGCACUCGCGCAACCCGAGUCAUGUCUCUGCUACCGCCGCCAGUCCCAUCAGUCCCGGAAUCAUCCUGGCUCAAGGAGCAAAAGAUGGUCCUGCCCUGCGCCAGAGUCCCUCUUCUUCAACCCUGAAUGCGCCCACAGAUCAGCUACCUCUACGACGUCUUGAGCGCAUGCACAGCGGUCGAAUCAAGCGUGAGCAUGAAUCGCAUCUGCAUCACCACCAUCACAAUCAUCGUCAUCAUCGCUCGCGAUCACGCCAACACCACCAACAGCAAGAACCCACCACCGUGGGUGAGUACGCGCUCCACCAUCUGUUGAACGAGUUCAUCAGCGAAGCAAACGAAAAGAUCAGUCGCUGCGUCUCCGAGCUCGACGAUGCUUUAAUAAGGGUCGAAGCCAUUUGCGGUCCAGGCGCAGAUCACGCCUUUGACCAACUGAUCAAGGCUCUCGGUCACAUUGUACGUCCCCGUCCGAAGCCUUUGAUAGAUGCUCUCAUGAUCUGGCGCAAGUCCAAGAGCGAUGAGAUGAGCCCGAUCCAUGCCCAACUGCAGGCCGCUCGUGCGCAGCUCGCAAAUGCUUCUGCUACCGUUCGGCGCGCUGAAAUAUCUCAAGUCAGUACAAAUAGCAGUUCUGUCUCGAUCUCGGCAAAUGCGGAUCCUGCUUCCGUGGCCACUCUCGAGCAAAACCUCCGUCAAGGCGAACGUCGUUCGGCAAUUUCUGUCUAUAUCCUUUGUCGUGUCCUCAUGCAAGUCAUUUCUCAGUGUACCUUGGCUGCGUUGACAAAUGAUAUUGCCGAGAGGCUUGAAGAUGUUAUUUACGGCCAAUUGCGCAACUUUGACUCAGAGGCUCUUGCAUAUUCGGCUCUGAAGCAAUCACAAUGGAACAUGUUCGGUCAGCUUCUGGGUGUCAUGGGUAACCUGCGUUUCGACAAGGUCGCCGACCGAUACGUCUCAGAUCUGGAGACUGCACAGAGACGCCUAUCUGUCAAAGGUAAUGCCGACAAAGAUCUGGAGAAUCGUACCGCUCUGCUCGUGCAUAGCAUGCGUUGGCUCAAGAUCCAGACUCAGCCCGAGGAUGCAUGGGACAAGUCGUGCGAUUUGCUUCAUCUACUGGCUGGCUUCUUUGCAGGCGUUCACGGGAAACCGGUCAAGUAUGCAUAUUGUCAGCUGUUUGAAGACUUGCUCCUGCCAGUCGCGAGCAAGGCCACCACCGAACUUAAUUCGCCAAAGUGGAGACAGAUCUUGGAUAUUCUCAAAGUCAAACUGAACCAGCUACUCGCCAAGCCCAAACAUUGGAUUCAGGCAUUCCCUAUACUUGCAGUGACUAUUUGUGUGUCACCUAAUGAUGUGUUUCAUCAGCAGUGGCUUUCGACAACCCUCCAUCAGUUGCAACCAAAGCUAAAAGAACGUACCACGCGUGGUCAUGCACUCAAAGCAUUAUGUCGUCUUGUCUGGGUCUACCUCUACAGAGCUCCCGAAACUCAACUCACAACGUUCAAGAAGCUGGAAGAUGUGAUUCGCAUGGUGUUCAUGACGGGCAAGAAAUCGUUACUGUCCACGGAGCCAUCCAUCGCGGACCCUCUCAUCCAGCUCAUCCGCAUAAUCGGAUUUAAACACCAAGAUCUCUGCUUUAGAUCCAUCAUCUUUCCUUUGAUGAAUGCGGAUGUUAUAAUUACUGGUAGAGACCGCCGGAUUGAAAACCUCGACCCUGAAAAGAUGGUCUUAGCUAUUCGAGCUUUCCUUGCCAUCAUGACCGAUCUAGAGAAGGGUGAACAGCCUCCGUUCCCUGUCAGUUUUGAGUGCGAUACACUUGGUGAUCCAUUCUCAAGGUCUCCCAAUUCUCAUAGGCGUUCCUUGUCCCAGAGUCAAGCUGCCAUCAUUGGUCCUAAAGUUGAGAGACUCUCCAAACCUGUUAUGACAGCCGGCUUCGCCGAUGUCGCAAAAGAAUCUUAUGUCAAGUUCUGUAAGAUCUUGGGUGAAAUCACCAUUAUUUGCGACGAAACCUUUGGCGGACAAAAGGUACUGGACGAAAAGUUUUCUGCUCAAACCAUACCCAAGACACCAAUGGCGGACGCUUUCAGCUUCAGCCGCAGAGAUGAGCUUUUUAACUCACCUGAGGUUCGGCAAAACUUUUACGACCUUCUCCACGUUGCAGUGCAAGCACUUCCUCGAUGUCUAUCACCUCAGAUUCCAUUAAAGAAUCUCAUCAACUUAUUAUGCACCGGUACUGCACAUGUACAGAAUCACAUUGCCUCAUCGUCUGCGCAAUCUCUCAAGUCUAUUGCAAGACAGUCUCAUGCGCAGUUGGUUACCAUUGGAUUUGCUCGUUUCAUAUUCAAUUUCGACGACCGAUACGCUACCGUUUCCGCUGGCAGUCUAUUGGGUCAUGGCCAUAUAGAGAGCACCCUACGUCUCUACGUGGAGUUACUCGAGAUCUGGAUUGAAGAGCUUAGGUCUCAGCCUCAAAUGGCAACCCCAGAUCUUCACGACGAUGAUUUCUCUCGCGGAAUGCCUUCUGACUUGAAUCGAUCGAGAGUGUUUGCCCAUGUAGAUGAGAUCGAAUCUCAUGGCCUAUUCUUCUUAUGCUCACCCUCGCGUCACGUUCGGGCAUACGCCGUCAGAGUACUCAGCCUUGUCACGAAGUUUGACACUGCUUUGGGCCAGCCUUCUACCCGCAUCAUCAGUGUCCUCGAAGGCAGCUCGCAGCAGGUAAUUGAUGUGAAUGACGAAAAGCUCUCUUUAGCUGAGAAAAGUCGACUCCAAAAGGGCCUCAGGAAGAGCAAUAUGAACAACACGCUUGUGGAGCUUUGCAGUAGUGAUACUGUACAUGAUCUGACUCUUUGGUCCAAAGCAUUCCCCAAUUUGAUCCGGCUGAGCUCACAAAUCUGUCCUCAAGCUGUACUCCUGACGCGAGACAUUGUAUGUGCGCGUCUUUCACAUGCGCACCGAAUUAUUGGCACUCUGGCCGAAGGUAGCCGCGUCAAUACCUACGCAGCUCUCGAGAUCGCCUUCUCGCAUCGUAUGGUAGGAAGGACUGCUUUUAGUCCUCCCGAAGUCACGAUAGAGCAAUGGAAACUCCAUCUCAUAUUUGCAUGCACAACCCUCACAAACAGUGGUGGCUCGCAACAAGCCCCAGUUCCAAGUCAAAGUUCUCAACACUCUCGUAAAGGUUCCAAAGCCUCCUCCAUUCACCAAGAAAAGAUUGGAUCUGCUCACGAGCUGUUUGCAAAGGUUGUACCUUUUCUCUCCGCGGUACACCCCGGUGUGCGUGAGGCUGCUGUGUAUGGACUGGGCGCAAUCAACACCAACCUGUUCAGACCCCUGCUAGAAGCUCUCCAACCCUCAGUCUCCACUUGCAGUGAAGAUGCUAAGCAAUGGCUAACAAACCAUCAACGAUCCCUGAACAGCCCUCGACGAAGCAGACGAAGUGACUCCCUGCGCACCGAACUCACUCAUCUCUACCAAUUGACAUCUCAUUGUUUGUUUGAGGUCGAAGUUUUCAAUGACGAGUGGAUACUGCAAAAUCUAGUCAGUUUCACCAAAGACUUACGAAUCUUCCUCAACGACGAAGACGUGCAAAACCAAUGGGACUUUCAAAAAUUGCGUACCUACUAUUGUGGACUAGUCGAGGUAUUGUUCGAAGGCAUCCACAAGACUAAAGACCCCGUACGAUGGAUGCCGUUCCACGCGAGAAAAGCCGCCUUCUCCAUGAUGGAAGACUGGUGUGGCUUCUCUCCAAACCAGACACAGAUAAGGCAAAAGGAGAACCAUAUGAGAAAGUCGAUCCUGGACCAAGAGCAAGACUCUCGCAGUCGUGGGAGUGUCACCGCGAAAUUGGAGAUUGAAAAGAAAGACUUGCGAACAGCCGCCUUAAGCGCCAUGGCCGCACUUUGUGCAGGACCUGUCAUGAUGUCUACUGACGGUCAGAUUACUAUGCAAUUCGAUGUUCGCCGUAUGUUGAAGUGGAUCGACGCCAUUUUCGAUUCGGCAAGUGAUAGAACGCAUGCAACAGGUCGUCGAGCACUCAAGAACCUCUUACUACACAAUACCGAGCACAGUUUCCUGCUGUCCCAUUCCAUCGAGGAGUGCUACCACGCAAAGAAUCCAAAGGCCCUUCUCAGCUACUUUACUGUUGCCACCCAGGUCUUGACAGAUGCGACUGACGACAGAGUUCCUUUCUGGAAGAUUUUGAGCGCCGCUCUGUACACUCUCGGAAACGAAAAUAGCGAGAUCCGCAUGAAAUCUGCCCGAUUGCUGAGGACUCUUGAGGAACGCUUAGGCAAAAACUCAAAAUUACAGGAUCUCGACAUCAGUAUAUCUGACAAGACAACUGCAGUCUACAAGCUGGCGCAAUUCGAAAUCUCCCGCAGGCUAGCUAAGCAACAUGCAGACAUGGCAUUCCACGUCUUCUCAGAGUUCACCAGAUACUUUGGAGGUCUUGUGCCGGACCAUCAACGAAACAUGGUCGCAGCCAUGUUGCCUUGGAUACAAACAAUUGAGCUCCAGUUACUUCCAAGUGGAGGACCUACCGCUAGUUCAUACAUGUUGAUGGUCAAUCUAUUCGAGAUCACAGCCCGAAGUAGCAGUGUAUUGCACAACGAGAUACAAGCAUUAUGGCAGGCUCUUGCAACAGGACCAUACGGAGGCAACGUGCAAGUAGUUCUCGACUUCAUCAUUGCGAUAUGUCUGGAUCGUAGAGAGCAGAACUUUGUCGACUAUGCCAAGCAGAUCGUAGUAUUUCUGUCAACGACGGCAGCUGGUUUGAAGGUAGUCGAAUUUCUCUUGUUGCAAAUUACUCCCAAGGCCAUGAUCGCUGAGAAACGACCCCCUCCACCAAUACCUCAAGAUAUGACUGGCCUACCAUAUAUUGCAGACCUCGCACAAGUUCUACCCAUCGGCAAUCGGCAAUCUGGUCUUUCAUUAGGUCAGUUGGCUCUGAUGCUGUUGGUCGAUCUUGUGGUCUCCCCUGUACAGCUUCCCAAAAACAAGAUACCUCUCCUGCUCCAGGUGGUUGUUGUUCAAUGGGAUCACUACACACCACUGGUGCAAGAUCAAGCAAGAGAGAUGCUCGUACACAUGAUUCACGAGAUUGUCAUAUCCAAGAUUGGUCCAGGACAUACUGGACCAGACAAGCAAAGCAUAGAGGACUUGAUCGAGGCAAUUCGACAACAUGAUCCCAAGGUCGUUUGGGCUUACGAAGAGACUGACAACAAAGGCCUUGCUAGGAAUUCAAACGGUGUUCCUGAGCCCAUGGUCUUUGUCAUCGAAGAAGUGGUGAGAGUACUGAGCUUCUCAUACGAUGACCCGUCUGUAGGUGACGAUAUACGCAAAGAUUGGGCAAGGAUGAGUCUAGUGUGGGCCACAACCUGCGCAGUACGUCACGUAGCAUGUCGCUCAUUCCAGAUCUUCCGCUGCAUCAUCGACUCGCUCGACAGACAAAUGAUGGCAGACAUGCUAGCUCGUCUAACCAACACCAUUGCCGACGAUGAGAAUGAUUGUUUGACCUUCUCUCAAGAAAUCCUCAUUACACUGAGGACCAUAAUCAGCGCUCUUGAGCCGGAAGACUUGAUCCAAUACCCUCAACUGUUCUGGACUACUAGUGCUUGUCUUGACACCAUAUUCGAACAGGAAUUUCAAGCAAGUCUUUCGAUGCUUGAUCGACUCUUGGACAAACUCGAUCUGAGUGACCCUGCUGUGAUCAAGCUCUUCAACGAGAACAAGCCUGCAAAGUGGGAAGGCGAGUUUGAAGGCCUUCAGCCACUGGUUUACAAGGGGUUGAGAUCAAAUGUGUGUCUUGACCGAUCACUGGACAUGCUUGAGAGAAUGAUCAAGCUACCCUCGAGCAGUCUUAUUGGCGGCGACACUCGUCUGCUCUUCACGUUACUCGCAAAUCUACCUCGAUACCUUCACUGCUUCGAAGAUGAUAUGAACGACCAAACAUGUUUUGAAUCAGCAGACUCUCUUGCCGCAGUAGCCGAGGCCCAGCAGUUGCCUGAUCUGGCGCAUGCUCUCGAUGGUUUUGCCCGUCAACACUAUCGCAACUCCAAUGACUUUUUGACCCAGGUUGUCGCUGCGGCUCGAGCUGCCUUCUUUCCCGCCAUGGAAUACCAGAGCUUGGUCUUCCUCAUCGGCUUGCUCAACAACCAAACCCCAUGGUUCAGAGUCACUGUCAUGCAGUUACUUUGUGUGCUCAUUCCACAGAUAGACAUGAGAAGACCCGAAAUAGUCUCUCAGGGACCAGAUCUCAUCUCACCACUUCUAAGACUGCUCCAGACCAGCUACUGCCAGCAAGCUCUGGACGUACUCGACAACAUCAUGUCUGUCACUGGAACACCUCUCGAUAACAAGCAUCUGCGUAUGAGCAUGGCAGGCUCUCACUCAACACGCGCAACGCGCAAGGAGUAUGACAGUACAAAAAGUCUCUAUGGUAUCCCUGAGGAGUCUGGAUGGUCGAUACCGAUGCCAGCGAUUCAGGCUGAGCGGGCACGUAAGAACGUCAUGGCCGUCUACUACACCUGCCUCGACUCAACCCUUGCAGACGGAACAGAGAUCACAAGCACACCCGAUGUUGCAUUUGCAGAAGAUCAGUAUGGAUCAUACUUUGAUCGAUCAGUCACGGCAAUGUCGGACUCCAUACGGGCUGACGGCAGCAUGAGUGAACUGGUACUCAAACUCGAUAGUCUUGAUGAUUUCUUUGACGAUCACAAGGCCACUACCACAAGGGAAAAAUCACGAGGGUCGAUAGAGGAUCGUGAGAACAUCUACGAACAGCAGACAUUGCCCAUAUUACACAAAUCGCUCAAGCGGAACGCUUCUGUGACGUCUUUCCAGAACGGAUUCUCUGACACAAGGUUCGGCAUGGCUCGAGAACCUGUCGUCAUGAGUCCUGGUGCAUUUGCUUCCAAUCCAGCCAUUGUUGCCACACGGCCUGCCCUUCAUGCGAGAUCAGUCACGUCUCCUAUGGCCGCAAUGCGACACAUGCCCAGAGUCAUUACUGAUCUCCAGUACGAAGAAGACACUGGCGAUGAACCGUUCUCGGACGACGACCUCUCGAUAUCUCGUAUGACGACAUCAGAUGACUCGCUGUCGGUGCACAGUAGUACUUCACGAGCUCCUUCUGCAGCAGGGCUACGGGCAGGGUUCAGAUCAGGAAUGAGAAGGCUCACUGGAGGCACAACUGAUCGCAGGGACGUCAAGGGACUGGUGCGUCUCAGUCCGCAGGUACCACGAGUUCCCACAACUGCUGGACCUUUUGCUGUCCCAAUCUAA